CGGCUCCCUCAGCAUGCCCUGGCCGCCAGGAAGCUGCCUCGGGGACCUCCCCACAGGGCGUGGGUUGGCAUUGCCGGAGUGGGGCGGCUCGUGGUCCCGCAUCCCUGGAUGCGCAGUGGGGCUGGCACCGGGCUCGCCUGGGACGGGGCGGCCCUUGACACUGUGUCCUGGGGCUGCCUGGGAUGGUGGGUGCGUGGGGCAAAUGGCCCCAGCUGAGGGACACGGGGGUGGGGGGGCAGCCCUGCGGUUCUGCGGCAGUUGGGCUGGUGCUCGGGUUGGUUGGUGCUCGUGUCAGUUGUGCUGGUGCCAGGGUCAGUUGGGCUGGUGUCGGUUGGGCGGGUGCUGGUGUCGGUUGGGCUGGUGUCAGCUGGGGUUCGUGUCAGUUGUGCUGGUGCCAGGGUCAGUUGGGCUGGCGUCGGUUGGGCGGGUGCUGGUGUCGGUUGGGGUUGGUGUCAGCUGGGGCUGGUGCCGGUGCCGGUUGGGUGACAGCUGGUGGCUGGAGGCUGAGGGCAGCUGAGCCCGGGGCCAGCACCAUGGCGGUGGCGCCGGACGAGCGGCACGGCCUCCUGGAGAGCUUCGCCACGCUGGUGCUGCGGCUCCGGCCCGACAAGUGGAACAAGUUCAUGGACAGCAGCGAGGCCGCGGCCGAGCUGGAUGAGUUCUUCAAGCAGCAGGACGUACGGGAGCUGGUGCUGGGGCUGAACCCCGCCGGGCACCUCCAGGCCACGGCCGCCUUCCCGCCCGCCAUCAAGGGCAAGGGCAUCUACUUCGUGAAGAAGAAGGAGGAGAGCAUCACCCGGGAGAACUGCCGCAGCGCGCUGCUGGUGGGGGACGUGGGCGCCUCGCCGGUGGAGCAGCUCAUCACCGUGAUGGACGAGGUCGUGUACCCCCUGCUCCUGAGCGAGCGCAGCCUGGCCCGCUGGCCCCGCGUGGUGGCCGAGGAGGUGAUGCACCAGGCCCACCACCUCCGCAGCGAGCUGCUCGUGAUGGGCGGGAAGAUCCAGGGGAAGCCGCUGCUCCCGCUGCCAGAGAACCUGGAUGGCCCGGACAACUCCAGCGCCAUCCUGGACAGGUGGGUGCUGGUGGCACUGGUGGUGCCAGCAGAGCCGGGCUGGGGCCCAGGGCAGCACGUCCCUUGGGGAGAGGUGGGAGCCAGGACACCAGCUCGAUCCCUGGGUGUCCCUGGGCGCAGCUCCCGGGCAGCAGAGCACCCUGGAGCUGCUCGUGCCGGGCUGGGGAGGCGGCUGCGGGCGGGUGCACAGGCUCCCCCAGGGCAGUGCUGGAAUGUAACCGGGCUGCCUUCCAGCCUGGCAGGGCCUGUGGACGUUUCGGUGCUCCACGCCAUCGAGACCACCGUCAUCGAGUGGUCCCACCAGAUCAGAGACGUCCUGAGCAAGAGCUCAGCGCAGCCGCUGCUGGAGGGGCUGCACCCCCUGCCCAGGACCGAGUUCGAGUUCUGGAGCACCAGGACAGUCCACCUGCAGUGCAUCAAUGACCAGCUGCUCUCGCCCCGGGUGACAGCGCUGGCCGAGAUCCUGGAGAAGGCGGACAGCUGCUACUGGCGGGUGCUGCAGAGCAUGUUCAGGGACGUCCGCGCCGGCCUGGAGGAAGCCAAGGACAUCGACCUUUACCUGCAGCCACUUCGGAUCCUGCUGGAAGAGAUGGAGCAAGCAGAUUACUCUGAGCUGCAGCCCUACCUGGACAGGGUGAUGUGCACCCUCUGCCUGGUCCGCGUCCACUGCCAGCACUACAGCGCGCCCGCCCGCCUCGUCGUCAUCCUGCGCGAGAUCUGCAACCUCCUCAUCGAGAUGACCCGCAGCGUCCUGACACCCGAGGACGUGCUGAAGGGGCUGCAAGGAGAGAUGGACGAGGUCUUGGGGGGAAUCCGACUGAGCAUCGCCACCAUCGAGCAGCUCUUCCAGUCCUACCGCACCUACUGCUGCGACCUGGCGCCCACCCUGUGCCCGGAGGAGCCGCAGCUCUGGGACUUCCUCCCGUCCCUCAUCUUCGGGAGGAUCGAAGCCUUCCUGCACAGGCUCAGGACCAUCGAGGAGCUGUACGAAACGGCCAUCGAGUUCCUGAAGCUGGAGAAGACAGAGAUGGGAGGAGUGCGAGGAAACAUCCUCGGGAGCCAGGUGUUCCAGAUCUACGAGGAGGUCUCUGAACUCAUCAAGACUUUUUCUGAAUGCAGCUACGAUGCCCUAGACCCUGCAGAAGAGCAACUGAACAAAGACUUUGCCGAGUUCCAGAAGAAGAUAGAGGACAUGGACAGGCGCCUGGCCGCCCUCCUCUGCCAAGGCUUUGAUGACUGCAACUCGAUGGCGUCCGCCAUGAAGGUGCGUGUGUGUCCCAGCGCAUCGGUCCUGUUCCCGGGCACGGAGCCGGCAGCCCAGCACGCUGCACCGCACCCGGGGGUGACCAUGGGGGCGUCACCGCGCCGCCCCGGUGACACUCGGGGGCACAGGAGCCAGCGCCUCUGUCCCUGGCAGCUGGUGCACAUGUUUGCCUUCCUCCUGGAGCGGCCCCUGAUCAAGGCUGAGGUUUCCCCGUACUACUCGGUGCUGCUGGGGCUGUUCAAAGCGGAGCUGGAGAACGUGAAGGUUCUGUUCGACACCCAGACCGCUUCCUCCGGGGGGGGCCCGGCCCUCCACAGCAACAUGCCGCCAGUGGCCGGGCGGCUGAAGUGGGCGAAGGAGCUGCAGCAGCGGCUGGAGGAGACGCACGGGGACUUGUUCGCCAUCGACCACCCCGUGAUGACCAGUACUGAAGCUCAGCUGGUGUCCAGGAAGUACGAGGAGAUGAUGGGGCUGCUGCAGGGUUACUGCGAAAAGGUGUAUGAGGAGUGGGCGAGCGGCGCUGGCCGGGACUGCCGCUUCACCCUGGAGCAGCCCCUGAUCUGCAGGGACCCCGAGUCUUCCCUGCUCAGUGUGAACUUCAGCAGAGAGCUCGUCGCUGUUCUGCGGGAGGUGAAGUACCUGAACUUCCAGCAGCAGAAGGACAUCCCGGACAGCGCCGAGAACCUCUUCGCUCAACAUGACACUUUCCAAAAGUUUGUGGACAGCCUGGAUCUUAUCGUUGGCUGGUACAACGAGGUGAGGCAGCGGCUGCUGCCGGUGGAGUUCCCGCUGCUGGGGGAAGAGCUGGCGGCAGUGGACGACCGGCUGGCCAGCGCCGAGCAAACCCUGUUCUGGCACCACGAAGGAGUCAUGGAGUACAUCCAGGAGACGAGGGGGGUCCUGGACGACCUGCAGACCAGGGUCCAGAAAGCCAAGCUAAACGUGGAACGCAUCACCCAGCUGAUGGAGGAAUGCUCAGACGAUCCCCUGUUCGAAAGGAAGGACAAAAAGGACACAGCGCUCUUGGACCUGGACGGGAAAGCAAACACCUUAGCCAAGCGCUAUGCUGCCAUUACCGAUGCGGGCGUAAAGAUCCAGGGGAUGGUGGAGGAGAACGCAGAGCUGUUUAAGGCUGACAAGUCAUCACAGAUCUGGCUGGACUACAUGGAAUACUUGGAUGGAAUCGUGCUGGAUGGAUUCUUCAGACUUGUCCACAGAACUCUGCAGUUCCUGCUCACCAACAUGGUCCCAGAUGAGGAGGUGGCCCCGUUGUUCGAGGUGCACUUGGAGCUGAGCAACAACACAGUGCAGUACCGGCCCUCGCUGGACACGGCAGACGACAACAGCUUCUUGAAGCUGAUGGAAAGCCUCCUCCGGGACACCUACAGCUCGGCGGCACGCGUGCCCCGGCUGCUGGAGGGGCAGCUGAACUACGAGACCAUGCUGGAGGAGCAUGCGGAGCUCAGCCAGAUGCAGGAGCAGGUGCUGUCGCUGGCGGUCAGCGCCAUGAGGGAAGGCAUCGAGUACAGCACCAGCUUCGAGGAGCAGAACUACCUGUGGCGGGAGGACCCGGCCGAGUUCCUGCAGCGCUUCCUCGCCCUGGGCAGCGGCCCCGGCCCCGAGGAGCCGCAGCUGGAGGAGCCCCCGGCCGGCGGGACCCCGACCCUCCAGAUGUUUCAGCAGGAGAUCGAUGCGUACGAGGAGCUGUGCCAGGAGGUGUCGGAGUUCUCAAACACCGAGCUGUUCAGGGGGUGGCUGCGGUGCAACUGCCGCCCGUUCAAGCAGGCGCUGCUGACCGCCAUCCGUCGCCGGGGCCAGGUGCUCCGGCAGCACCUCUCCAACCACGUCACCACCAGUCUCCAAGAGCUGGAGGACUUCAUCCGAGAGGCAAACGUCGGUUUGAGUAAACCUCUGCAGGAGGGAGACUACGACGGGCUGGUGGAGGUGAUGGGACACCUGAUGAGGGUGAAGGACAGGCAGGUGGUGACCGACGACAUGUUUGGGCCCCUGAAGGAAACAAUUGCCCUGCUCAGCACUUACGGAGACGAGAUGCCGGAGGAGGUCCACCUGCAGCUCCAGGAGCUGCCUGAGCGCUGGGAUGGCACCAAGAAACUCGCCCUGCGCGCCAAGCAGAACGCGGCUCCCCUGCAAGCCAGCGAGGUCAACGUCAUCCACAAGAAGUGCCAGCAGUUUGAGGUCCGGCAGCUCGCCUUCCGGGAGGUGUUCCAGGAAAACGCCCCGUUUCUGUACGCUGCGCCAGAGCCCUACAGGUCCUUGAAAAGGCAACAGAAGAACAUCGCCGCCAUGGAGAGCGACCUGGCAGCGCUGUGCCAGUCGGCCAAGCUCUUCGAAGUGUUGGUCCCAAAAUACAAGCAGCUCAAAGUGUGCCGCAGGGAGCUGUGUCUGCUGAAGCAGCUCUGGGACAUGAUUGUCCUGGUUAACACGAGUAUCGAUGACUGGAAGACCACCAGGUGGAAGGAGAUCAAUGUCGAGCAGAUGGAUAUUGACUGUAAGAAAUUUGCUAAAGACAUUCGGAGCCUGGAUAAGGAGAUGAGAAGCUGGGAUGCGUACACGGGGCUGGACAACAGUGUGAAGAACAUGAUAACGUCCCUGCGCGCCGUGAACGAGCUGCAGAACCCGGCCAUCAGGGACCGGCACUGGCAGGAGCUCAUGAAGGCAACCAAGGUGAACUUCACCAUGUCCGAGGACACAACCCUCGCGGAACUGCUGCAGCUGAACCUGCACAAGUUUGAGGAUGAAGUUUCUGGCAUCGUGGACAAAGCCAUAAAAGAGUCAGGAAUGGAGAAGGUGCUCAACAGCCUGGACACCACGUGGGCAGCGAUGGAGUUCGAGCACGAGACCCACGCCAGGACCGGCAUCGUGCUGCUCAAGUCAAACGAGGAGAUGAUCGAGACGCUGGAGGACCACCAGACGCAGCUGCAGAACAUGAUGACCUCCAAGUACCUGGCCUUCUUCCUUCAGGAGGUGUCGAGCUGGCAGCAGAAGCUGUCGACCACUGACUCCGUUAUCAACAUCUGGUUUGAGUUGCAGAGGACGUGGAGUCACCUGGAAAGCAUCUUCGUUGGCUCUGAGGACAUCCGCAGCCAGCUGCCCGAGGAGUCGAAGCUUUUUGAUACCAUUGAUGAGGAAUUCAAAGUAAUAAUGGCCGAUGCGGUAAAAACUCCCAAAGUGAUCGAAGCCACAAACAAGCCCGGUCUCUACGACAAGCUGGAGGAGCUGCAGAAAAGGCUGGCGGUCUGUGAGAAGGCUUUGGCUGAAUACCUGGAGACCAAGAGGCUGGCUUUCCCCAGAUUCUACUUUGUUUCCUCUGCAGACCUGCUUGACAUUUUAUCUAACGGGACUGAGCCAGUAGAGGUGUCCCGGCAUCUGUCGAAGCUGUUCGACAGUCUGGCUAAACUGAAGUUCAAGACAGGUGCGGACAAAAAGCCGCUGAAGGUCGCCCUGGGGAUGUUCAGCGGUGACGAGGAGUACGUGCCCUUCGACGCGGACUGUGACCUGUCUGGCCAGGUGGAGGUCUGGCUGAACCGCGUCCUGGGCAGCAUGCGCGCCACGCUGCGCAGCCUCAUCCCCGAGGCCCUGGCCACCUACGAGGAGAAGGCGCGGGAGCAGUGGGUGUUUGACUACCCGGCACAGGUUGCCCUGACGUGCACCCAGAUCUGGUGGACCACCGAGGUCGGCAUGGCCUUCUCAAAGCUGGAGGAAGGCUACGAGAACGCCAUAAAGGACUACAACAAAAAGCAGAUCACCCAGCUAAACACGCUGAUUUCACUGCUCAUUGGCAACCUGAGUGCUGGCGACAGGAUGAAGAUCAUGACGAUCUGUACCAUCGACGUCCACGCCAGGGAUGUUGUGGCCAAAAUGAUCCUCACGAAGGUGGAGAGUGCCCAGGCCUUCACCUGGCAGUCCCAGCUGCGGCACCGCUGGGACGACGGCAAGAAGCACUGCUACGCCAACAUCUGCGAUGCACAGCUGCAGUACUCGUACGAGUACCUGGGGAACACGCCCCGGCUGGUCAUCACCCCCCUGACCGAUCGAUGCUACAUCACCCUGACGCAGUCCCUGCACCUCUACAUGGGAGGGGCCCCCGCCGGCCCUGCGGGCACCGGGAAAACGGAGACCACCAAGGACCUGGGCCGCGCCAUAGGGACCAUGGUCUAUGUCUUCAACUGCUCCGAGCAGAUGGACUACAAGUCCUGUGGCAACAUCUACAAGGGGCUGGCUCAGACCGGAGCCUGGGGCUGCUUCGACGAGUUCAACCGCAUCGCGGUGGAGGUUCUGUCCGUGAUCGCCGUGCAGGUGAAGUGCAUACAAGAUGCAAUUCGCGCCAAGAAGAAAACGUUUGAUUUCCUCGGAGAGAAAAUCACCCUGGUCCCGUCGGUCGGGCUGUUCAUCACCAUGAACCCCGGCUACGCCGGCCGGACAGAACUGCCUGAGAAUUUAAAAGCUCUGUUCAGACCCUGCGCCAUGGUCGUGCCCGACUUUGAGCUGAUCUGUGAAAUCAUGCUUGUCGCGGAGGGAUUUAUGGAUGCUAAACUUCUAGCAAGAAAGUUCAUUACUCUGUAUACACUCUGCAAAGAGCUGCUAUCUAAACAGGACCACUACGACUGGGGUCUGCGAGCUAUCAAGUCCGUGCUGGUGGUAGCCGGCUCCUUGAAGAGGGGGGACCCUGGCCGUGCUGAGGAUCAAGUCCUGAUGAGAGCUUUACGAGACUUCAACAUCCCCAAGAUCGUAACAGACGACUUGCCCGUUUUCAUGGGGCUGAUUGGAGACCUGUUCCCAGCCCUGGACGUCCCCAGGAAGAGGGAUCUCAACUUCGAGAAGAUCAUCAAGCAGGCUGUUGUGGAGCUGAAGCUGCAGGCGGAGGAGAGCUUCGUGCUGAAGGUGGUGCAGCUGGAGGAGCUGCUGCAAGUCAGACACUCCGUCUUUGUCAUUGGCAACACCGGCUGCGGCAAGUCCCAGGUGCUGAAGUCGCUCAACAGGACGUACCAGAUGAUGAAGCGGAGGCCGGUCACUGUGGACCUCGACCCAAAGGCCGUGACCUGCGAUGAGCUGUUCGGGGUUAUUCAUCCAGCCACGCGGGAGUGGAAGGACGGCCUGUUUUCUACAGCCAUGCGUGACCUGGCCAACAUCACACAUAAGGGGCCCAAGUGGAUCAUCCUUGAUGGAGACAUUGACCCCAUGUGGAUCGAGUCCCUGAACACGGUCAUGGAUGACAACAAGAUCCUCACCUUGGCCAGCAACGAGCGCAUUCCCCUCAACCCCACCAUGCGGCUCCUCUUUGAGAUCAGCCACCUGCGGACCGCCACGCCGGCCACCGUGUCCCGCGCGGGAAUCCUCUACAUCAACCCCGCCGACCUGGGCUGGAACCCCAUCGUGACCAGCUGGGUCGACACGAGGGCGGCGCAGUCCGAGAGGGCCAGUCUGACGCUCCUGUUUGACAAGUACCUGCCGGUGUGCCUGGAGAAGGUCAAGAAGGGAUUUAAGACGAUCACCCCGGUCCCCGAGGUGACGGUGAUCCACACGGUGCUGCACCUGCUGGAGUGUCUCCUGACGCCCCAGACCGUCCCGCCGGACUCGCCCCGGGACCUCUAUGAGCUCUAUUUUGUGUUCGCCUGCACCUGGGCCUUCGGCGGGGCCAUGUUCCAGGACCAGCUCACGGAUUACCGCCUGGAGUUCAGCAAGUGGUGGGUGAGCGAGUUUAAAACUGUCAAGUAUCCUGCCCAGGGGACAAUCUUUGACUAUUACAUUGACCCGAAAACAAGGAAAUUCAUGCCCUGGACUGAGAAAGUGCCAAAAUUCGAACUCGAUCCUGAAGUCCCUUUACAGGCCUCCAUGGUGCACACGGCAGAGACCACCCGCGUGCGCUACUUCAUGGACCUGCUGAUGGAGCAGCGGCGGCCGGUGAUGCUGGUGGGGAACGCGGGGACGGGAAAGUCGGUCAUGAUGCGGGACAAGCUGGCAGCGCUCAGCACAGACGAGUACUUCGUGCAGUUCGUGCCCUUUAACUUCUACACCACCUCGGCCAUGCUGCAGGCCGUCCUGGAGAAGCCCCUGGAGAAGAAAUCGGGGCGGAACUACGGCCCGCCUGGCGCCCGGAGGCUCAUCUACUUUGUCGACGACAUGAACAUGCCGGAGGUGGACAAGUACGGCACCGUGGCACCGCACACACUCAUCCGGCAGCACAUGGACCAUGGGCACUGGUACGACAGGACCAAACUGACCCUGAAGGACAUUCACAACUGCCAGUACGUGGCCUGCAUGAACCCAACCGCAGGGUCCUUCACCAUCGACCCCAGGCUACAGCGCCAUUUCUGCGUCUUCGCCGUGAGCUUCCCCGGGCAGGAGGCUCUGCUGACGGUGUACAGCACCAUCCUCGCCCAGCACCUGCAGCUGCAGAAGAUGCCGCCAGCUGUGCAGAAGCUGCAGCCGCAGCUGGUAGCAGCAGCACUGGCUCUGCACCAGAAGGUCGCAUCCAUCUUCUUGCCAACAGCCAUCAAGUUCCACUACAUCUUCAACCUCCGCGACCUCUCCAACAUCUUCCAGGGCCUGCUGUUCUCCACCCCCGAGUGCCUGAAAGCUCCCGUGGACUUGGUGCGCCUCUGGCUCCACGAAGCCGAGAGGGUGUACGGGGACAAGCUCGUCGAUGAAAAGGAUCAAACCAUCUUUGGGAGGACACUGGUGGACACCUGCCAGAAGUUCUUUGGUGAACUCGGUGAAGAGCUGGUGUUCGCCAAGCCCAACAUCUACUUCCACUUCGCCCAGGGCCUGGGCGAUCCCAAGUACCUGCCGGUGCCGAGCUGGCCGGCGCUGAACAAGCUGCUGGGGGAGGCCCUGGAUGGCUACAACGAGGUGAACGCGGCCAUGAGCCUGGUGCUCUUUGAAGACGCGGUGUCUCAUAUUUGCAGAAUUAGUCGAAUCUUAGAGUCCCCCCAGGGCAACGCGCUGCUGGUGGGGGUGGGAGGCAGCGGGAAGCAGAGCCUGGCGCGGCUGGCAGCGUUCAUCAGCAACCUGAACGUGUUCCAGAUUACGCUGAGGAAAGGCUACAGCAUCCCAGACCUGAAGCUGGACCUCGCCGCCCAGUACGUCAAGGCGGCCGUGAAGAACCUCCCCACUGUGUUCCUGAUGACGGACUCCCAGGUUGCUGAAGAAUCGUUCCUGGUCCUCAUCAACGAUUUCCUGGCGUCUGGGGAGGUGCCAGGGCUCUUUCAGGAUGAUGAGGUGGAAGAAAUUAUCAGUGCCAUGAGGACCACAGUGAAGUUACUUGGAUUGCCAGAUACAAGGGAAAACUGCUGGAAACUAUUUAUAGACAAAGUCAGGCGUCAGUUAAAGGUCAUCCUCUGCUUCUCCCCCGUGGGCUCCACGCUGCGGGUGCGGGCGCGGCGGUUCCCUGCCGUGGUCAACUGCACGGCCAUCGACUGGUUCCACGAGUGGCCGGAGGACGCACUGGUGUCCGUCAGCAGCCGCUUCCUGGAGGAAACGGGGGACAUCGAGCCCGAGGUCAAGGUCUCCAUCAGCCGGUUCAUGGCCCACGUCCACACCAGCGUGAAGGAGAUGUCGAAGAGGUACCUGUCCACAGAGAGACGCUACAACUACACCACACCUAAGACCUUCCUGGAGCAGAUAAAGCUCUACCAAAACCUGCUGUCGAAAAAACGCAGCGAGCUCACUGCCAAGAUCGAGAGGCUGGAGAAGGGGCUGAUGAAGCUGCAGAGCACAACGUCGCAGGUGGAUGACCUGAAGGCCAAGCUGGCAAUCCAGGAGAUAGAGCUGAAGCAGAAGAACGAGGAUGCAGAUAAACUGAUCCAUGUGGUGGGCGUCGAGACGCAGAAGGUCAGCAAGGAGAAAGCCAUCGCUGACGAGGAGGAGCUGAAGGUCCAGGCCAUCAACACGGUGGUGACCGAGAAGCAGCGAGCGUGCGAGACCGACCUGGCCAAGGCGGAGCCGGCGCUGGUGGCUGCCCAGGAGGCCCUCGACACCCUCAACAAGAACAACCUGACGGAGCUGAAGUCCUUUGGGUCCCCGCCCCAAGCCGUGGUGAACGUGACGGCGGCUGUGAUGGUGCUGACGGCUCCCAACGGCAAGAUACCGAAGGACAAGAGCUGGAAGGCAGCAAAAGUUAUGAUGGGAAAAGUAGACGCUUUCCUUGAUGCCUUAAAGAAGUUUGACAAGGAGCACAUCCCCGAGCCCUGUCUGAAGGCGUUUCAGCCCUACCAGGCCGACCCCAGUUUCGAUCCAGAGUUCAUCAUGUCCAAGUCGACGGCCGCCGCGGGCCUGUGCUCCUGGUGCCUGAACAUCGUCCGGUUCUACGAGGUGUACUGCGAGGUGGAGCCCAAGCGGCUGGCGCUGGCCGAGGCCAACGCCGAGCUGGCCGAGGCACAAGAGAAACUCGCUCGCAUUAAAAAGAAAAUUGCGGACCUAAAUGCCAACCUGGCGGCACUCACGGCGGAUUUUCAGAAAGCUACGGCUGAAAAACUCAAAUGUCAGCAGGAGGCUGAUGCGACCAACAGAGUCAUCACGCUGGCAAACAGGCUCAUCGGGGGGCUGGCAUCUGAAAACGUCCGCUGGGCCGAGUCGGUGGAGAUGCUCAGGCAGCAGGAGAACACGGUGUGCGGGGACGUGCUGCUGGUCUCCGCCUUCGUGUCCUAUGUUGGCUACUUCACCAAGAAGUACCGGACGGAGCUGCUGGAGAAGGACUGGGUCCCCUUCCUCGGGGAGCUGGCGGUGCCCAUCCCCACCACGCCGGAGCUGGACCCCCUCACCCUCCUCACCGACGCUGCUGACGUGGCCACCUGGAGCAACCAGGGGCUGCCCAGCGACCGCACAUCCAUCGAGAACGCCACCAUCCUCUGCAACACCGAGCGGUGGCCCCUGGUCGUGGACGCCCAGCUCCAGGGCAUCAAGUGGAUCAAGAACAAAUACGGGGAGGACCUGCGGGCCAUCCGCCUGGGCCAGCGCAGCUACCUGGACGCCAUCGAGCGGGCGGUUGCCGAGGGACAGACGCUGCUGAUCGAGGAUGUGGGAGAGACGAUGGAGCCCGUGCUGGAUCACCUGCUGGGCAGGAACACCAUCAAGAAGGGCAGAUACAUUAAGAUAGGAGAUAAAGAAGUGGAGUAUCACCCACGCUUCCGCCUGAUUCUGCACACUAAGUAUUUCAACCCUCACUACAAGCCAGAGGUGCAGGCUCAGUGCACCCUGAUCAACUUCUUGGUGACGCGGGAGGGACUGGAGGACCAGCUCCUGGCGGCCGUGGUGGCCAAAGAGCGGCCGGACCUGGAGACCCUGAAGGCAAACCUCACCAAGAGCCAGAACGAGUUCAAGAUCAAGCUGAAGGAGCUGGAGGACUCCCUGCUGGCCCGGCUGUCUGCCGCCGGCGGGGAGUUCCUGGAGGACACGGCGCUGGUGGAGAACCUGGAAACAACGAAGCGCACGGCCAUAGAAAUCGAGGAAAAGGUGAAGGAAGCCAAAGUCACCGAAGUGCAAAUCAACGUCGCUAGAGAAAACUACAGGCCAGCGGCAGAGCGAGCGUCCCUGCUGUACUUCAUCCUGAGCGACCUCAACAAGAUCAACCCCAUCUACCAGUUCUCGCUCAAGGCGUUCAGCGCAGUGUUUGAGAAAGCCAUCCAGCACUCGGCCCCCAGCGACGACAUCCAGCAGAGGGUGAUCAACCUGACGGACGAGAUCACCUACUCGGUCUACACGUACACCGCACGGGGACUCUUCGAGGCAGACAAACUCAUCUUCCUGGCCCAGGUCACCUUCCAGGUCCUGACACUCAAGAAAGAAGUGAACCCGGUGGAGCUGGACUUCCUCCUGCGCUUCCCCUGCAAGGCUGGCGUCACGUCCCCCGUGGAUUUCCUGCAGCACCAGGGCUGGGGCGGCAUCAAGGUGCUCUCGGAAAUGGAAGAGUUCAGGAACUUGGACAACGACAUCGAGGGCUCAGCAAAGCGAUGGAAGAAGUUUGUGGAGUCCGAGGUGCCGGAGAAGGAGGUGUUCCCCAAGGAGUGGAAGAGCAAGACGGCCCUGCAGAAGCUGUGCAUGCUGCGCUGCAUGCGGCCCGACAGGAUGACCUACGCCAUCAGGGACUUUGUGGAAGAGAAGAUGGGCAGCAAGUACGUGGAAGGCAGGAGCGUUGAGCUGUUCAAGGCGUACAAGGAGAGCAGCCCCUCCACACCCCUGUUCUUCAUCCUCUCCCCUGGGGUUGACCCACUGAAAGACCUGGAGGUGCUGGGCAAAAAGCUGAACUUCACCAUUGAAAAUGGGAAGAUCCACAACGUGUCACUGGGGCAGGGCCAGGAAGUCGUGGCAGAACGAGCCCUGGAGACGGCGGCUCUACAAGGGCACUGGGUCAUCCUGCAGAACAUCCACCUGGUGGCGCGGUGGCUGGGGAGGCUGGAGAAGCUGGUGGAGCAGUACAGCGAGGGCAGCCAUGCGGAUUACCGCGUGUUCAUGAGCGCCGAGCCGGCCCCCACGCCCGAGGCGCACAUCAUCCCGCAGGGGCUGCUGGAAGAUGCCAUCAAAAUCACCAACGAGCCGCCCACGGGCAUGUUCGCCAACCUGCACAAAGCCCUCGACCUCUUCACCCAGGACACGCUGGAGAUGAGCACCAAGGAAAUGGAGUUCAAAUGCAUCCUGUUUGCGCUCUGUUACUUCCACGCGGUGGUGGCCGAGCGGCGCAAGUUCGGCACUCAGGGCUGGAACAGACCUUACCCCUUCAACAACGGCGACCUGACCAUUUCCAUCAACGUCCUCUACAACUACCUGGAGGCCAACCCCACGGUGCCAUGGGACGAUCUCCGGUACCUCUUUGGGGAGAUCAUGUACGGGGGACACAUCACCGACGACUGGGACCGGCGGCUGUGCCGGACAUACCUGAGCGAGUACGUGCAGCCGGAGAUGCUGGACGGGGAGGUUCACUUGGCUCCGGGGUUUCUGAUCCCUCCCAGCCUGGACUACAAGGUAAGGAAGAUUAACUGCAAUUUGGCGUGGGAAACCACUGCCCUGGGUAAAUGCGCACUGGCCAGAGCUCCCUCGCUAACCGAGGGGGAAUGUAGGGAGAAAAGUUUCAAUCUCAUGCAAACACACAGAAUCGCUGCAAAAAUAAUUCCUGUGGCCGGAGCGGUAAGGGAAAAACUUAGGCAAGAUGUGAGUCAAAACCGUGUUGGAUGCGCGAGGGCGGCCGGCGGUGAGGCGGCACCACCGCGAGCGCCGACGUUCACGUGUUUGUGUGCACACCUGCUGCCCCCACCGCAGGGUUACCACCAGUACAUCGACGAGAACCUGCCCCCCGAGAGCCCCUACCUGUACGGGCUGCACCCCAACGCCGAGAUCGGCUUCCUGACCCUCACCUCGGAGCAGCUCUUCCGCACCGUGCUGGAGAUGCAGCCCAAGGAGUCGGACGCUGCGGGCGGCUCGGGCGUCUCCCGCGAGGAAAAGGUGCAGGCGGUCCUGGAGGAGAUCCUUGAGAAGCUGCCGGAGCCGUUCAAUAUGAUGGAGAUCAUGGCGAAAGCGGAGGAGAAGACCCCGUUUGUUGUCGUCGCCUUCCAGGAAUGUGAGCGGAUGAACAUCCUGACCCAGGAGAUCCGGCGCUCGCUGAAGGAGCUGAACCUGGGGCUGAAGGGCGAGCUGACGAUCACGGCGGACAUGGAGGAGCUGGCGACCGCGCUGUUCUACGACAGCAUCCCCGAGUCCUGGACGCGCUACGCGUACCCCUCGCUGCUCAGCCUGGGCGCCUGGUACGCGGACCUGCUGCUGCGCAUCCGGGAACUGGACGUCUGGACGACGGACUUUGUGCUGCCGGCGACGGUGUGGCUGGCGGGGUUCUUCAACCCGCAGUCCUUCCUCACCGCCAUCAUGCAGUCCAUGGCCCGCAAGAACGAGUGGCCGCUGGACAAGAUGUGUCUGACUGUGGACGUGACCAAGAAAUACCGCGAGGAGAUAACAGCUCCCCCCCGAGAAGGCUCCUUUGUGCAUGGAUUGUUCAUGGAAGGCGCUCGCUGGGACGUCCCCUCCGGUGCCAUCGCAGACGCUCGGCUGAAGGAGCUGACGCCCGUGAUGCCCGUCAUCUUCAUCAGAGCCAUCCCCGUGGACCGCCUGGACACCAAGAACACCUACGAGUGUCCUGUCUACAAGACGCGGAUGCGAGGUCCCACCUACGUCUGGACCUUCAACCUGAAGACAAAAGAGAAAGCCGCUAAGUGGAUCCUGGCCGGGGUGGCUCUGCUCCUGCAGAGCUGAACCUGGACUACGGACAACCGCAAAAGCCUCAAAGCUGUGUAAGUUCAGACUAAGUUUGAUUAUACCAGUACUAUUUUAGCGAAGUAUCAAUAAAAGCAUUUCUGGAACUGCA